CCGUCGUCUCGACUUCUGUCGAUAUUAUUUCAAACGUGUGAACCCGACGAUAACGUUGUUUUUGUUAUCUCGAUUGUUACGCUGAUUCACCAGCAGCACAGAUGCGAUUCUCAAAGUACGUACGCCUGCUUUGAGGGAUAUUUUCUUUUUAUUUACCGUUCGAUACGAUUUUACGUUUCGACACUCACGCCUACUGACCAAUUCAAAAGCGUAGGUAUUACGUUGAUUGCGUCUCGUAAACACUCGUGAAUCCUCAGCGCUGCAGCUAGACGAUUAAAUGCCAAUGGUUUUCGAGCCAUAACCUCAAAGAAACAACACUUCGUUAUUCAAAACGAAAGUUCGCUGACACUAUUUCUUACUUUAACUGCCAAAAAUGGAUGUUUUUUUAAUGAUUCGGCGGAAAAAAAUGACAAUUUUCACUGAUGCGAAGGAGAACACAACGGUUUUGGAGCUGAAGAAAAUUAUCGAAGGAAUACUGAAGAUUCCUCCAGUAAACCAGCAACUGUUUAACAAAGAAACAAUUUUGAUGGCUGAGAGCAAAUUAUUAUCAGACUAUGGACUAUCCUCUACAACUGCCAAAGCUCAAUGUCCGGCUGUGAUAGGUUUAGCAGUGCGUCAAGAAAAUGGUCAAUUCGAACCAUUAGAAAUGACUCCAUUUUCGCUGCCACCCGAUCUACCAGAAGUUAUGAAAACACAAGAAACCAAUGGUCAAGAACAGUCACCUUGACUUUUGGAUUAUUACAAUCUUGUUAAGCCAAUAACUGAUUUGAUCUUCAAAUUACGCAUCAUCAGACUCUGAAGAUAAAUAUUAGAAGCCGGAUUGUAGACUUGUAUAUGAACUUUUGUUCAAUUGCAUAGCUACAUCAAUACCAUACUUGCAAAAAGUGCUAAUACUUUAACAAUUUUAAAAAGUGUUUGAAUUUUAACAGUUAAAUUUUUUAUAAUUAAACUUACAGAACAAUGUGUCACUUUUAAAUUAUUAGUUUUGUAUUUGUUUAAUUAAAAAAAAUUUGUUUACUUUUCUUACAUCUAACAAUAUCUAAAUAUUAAAUGUAUGUGAGCAAUAUUUUGUUUUGAACUUUGAUUGAGACACAUUAAUUACAUUAACUAUUGUGGUGUGCUUGUGAUAUAAUUAAGUUGGGUGAAUUAUUUAUUAUGUUUAUUUACUAUCUAAUAAAAAAUAUUGUUCUAUAAAAA